GUUUAUCUACAAUAAACGUGUUAUCAAAUCCAGUCAAGUGUUUUAUAAAAGAGUUUUUCAUUUGUAGGCAUUCUGUUCAGUGAGGAUUAUUGAGACUAAGUGGUCAAGAUGUACUGUAAGAUUUUAUUUAAGUUUGGUUAAAAGUAAAGCGUUAUCAGAACCAGAAAUGCACCAAAAAGCAGGGCCGUGCACAGACAUUUUGAGGGGCAGUGGCCGAAACAAAAAAAUGGCACUAAGGGUUGGGGCAGGAGAAGACGGCACAGAUAUGUCUUUCUACUUAUUACACUAUAGCACUCAAAUAUGUAAAUCUAUAUUUUCUGUUGUACUAUGUUAAGUUACAACUCUUAAAACAUUUACAGCAUUUUCACAAUAAUUUUUAAACAUUUUUUUGCGGGUGAAAAAGCGAAAUUUACAAGUAUGCAUUUGGCAGACGCUUUUAUCAUUUGUUUCUGAGUAUGUGCAAUCCCUUGGAUCGAACCUAUGACCUUGGCGUUGCUGGUGCCACGCUCUAAUCACUGAGCUACAGGAAAUAUAGAUGCUUUAACUAAUGAUUCAAUGUUUUUCACAUGCUCUUCUGCUUACUGUGCUACUAUUAAUAUGAUCUUAAUAAAAUGUCAUUUAUAUGAUAUAUGUUAUAGAUUACUGGUUUCAACUAAGAACACAGAUAAUGGGAAAUGUACCGCACAGGAGUUACAGUGUGACAAACUGUCAGCUUUGUGAAGGCAUUUUCUACAAAGUGUGCCAAUAACAGCAAAUUUGGUGUUAUUGAUGAGAUUUGACAAGAAUUCUCAUUUUCUUAUGAGAACAUGGAUAUUUUGUACAAGUUGUUAGCAGUUAGCACCAAUAAUAGAAAGCAAAACAUUACCAACAAAAAUACAAAAAACAAUCUAUAAAAUGAUUUAUUCUGCUUAUCAAGCACUGUCUGUAAUGUGAGUUUAAGCUACAUCUGCUUCUAAACAGGGAAUCUGCAGGAAUUGUGUGUUUGAGAGUAACCAAGAAACUGAAAAAGUAGUGAUGAGUAGUGAUGUUUAGUAGUAGUGAGCUAAAGUGGCAUAAAUUGUAAAAGUUAGCACAUUUAGUUUUGCAGUACAAUUUGCAACCAGUAGGGUGCGCCAUUAAUUUCCUUACAAGCUAUUUUGGGGGAUUUUUCUAGGACAGCAGGGUAAAGACGUGUUAAAUUAUAUGACGAUAGCUCGUUGUGGGUAUAGUUUAGACAUGUUGUUAAAUUUCAUAGUCUUCUAUAAUCUGAUGGGCAACAUGUAUAUCCAAAUACGACAAUGGAAGCUGCUAACAAUAAUCAAGAUACUCAGUUCAAGAUGGGAAAAGACAAGAAGAAGAAGAAGGGAAGGCUGCGACGAGCUUUGAAAAAAGUCUUCCGUUGCUUCUUUCCCUGUGCUUCUUCCACCUCAAAAGAGUCUCCUGAAGAUGACGUCUAUGAGCUUUCAUCUAGUAAGACUCAGACGGUGUCAACACCUCCAUCCAGCGAGACGCAAAAGGUUUCUGAAUCUUCUGCCAUCAAGACUCAGAAUACCAAAAAAUUUGGUUUCAUGGCCCGUCUGAAGGUGAAGAUGUCGAUAAGUCAGUCUAAACGAUCCUGUAAGACUGACUCUACAGUGCCCGCUCCACCGAAGCCACCCACUGUAUUGGGAGGUGCAGCCAUGAUCUUGGGCAGCGAAACCUCUGACAACAGCGAUGAGGUUUAUCUGCCAGCUGCACAGAAGAAUAGAGAUAUUCUCGAAGAAUAUUUUGUAUUAGAGAAGAUGCAUGCACCUUCUAUCACCUCAUCUGAGACCUUCUACUCCUCUGAGGAAGAUGAUCUGUUUUAUGCCAGUAAAUACUUGGCAUAUGAGCUGGAAGAUGUAUCCAGAGAUUUUGAUGAAGAGCGGAGCGUCAGUCCUCUGGCGUCCUUCACAUACACCAGCUGCAGCAGUGAUACUUCUGGUCUUCCGCUCACACACCUAGACGCAGGAGCUGUGAGAGAUCUUCGCUGCCUGCAUGUACUCUCUGUUUACGACGACCUUAUACUGUCCAGUGUGGAGGAGGAUUCAGAUGAGCUUACACAAGAAGAAAUACUGCAAUUGAUUCAGUGCAGUACUGAACCUCCAAAGCAUCAACAAGAGAAUGAUUAUGAUGGACAGAAGCAAAUAUUCAAUGUAAAGUACAUGGGUUUUCCAAACAUCGAGAACACAUGUUAUAUGAACUCCACCCUCCAGUGCUUACUCAGCAUUCCACCAAUCAUAAAGGACAUAGUUUUACAAGAGAACACUUGGAAGAAUGAGCCUGGAUCCGAAAUGCUCAGAGCUUUUUAUGACCUUUAUUUCGCCAGGCUGAAUAAGACACAGAAUAUUCUGAGGAAACAUCUACUGGCAGCUGUCAAAGAUUGCAUCGCUAUUAGGAAUCCAUUUUUUGUGGGUAAUGAUCAUCAGGACGCCCAUGAGUUCCUUAUAACCCUCCUGGCUCAGUUGAAAGAUGAGGCUGUGAUGUGCCAGCAAGCAGAAAUGAUGUUUCGUAGCCCUGUAGCAAACCUGGAAUUCAGGGUCAACCGCCUGCGCACCUGCGAGACCUGUGGGAACCAAAGUUGCUCUACAGAGGAAGUCAAUUGCCUGUCUUUGGUAAUUUUUCCUCAGAAGUCCCUCAUCGAGAGCCUACAGCAGUACUUUGCAACAUCUCAGUUAGAGUGCCGCUGUGACAAGUGCUUGGGGACCCAAGCCUUUGAAAGUGUGGAGAUCCAGACGCUUCCCAGGGUCCUGGUUCUUCUUGUGAUGAGGUUUGACAUGUUCACAGCGAGAAAGAUCAAAGGCCGUCUGGCCGUGCCUGAAGAGCUCAGUCUGGCCAGCUUCACAGGGUCAGACAGCUGUGAGCAGGCAGCAGAUUUAUACAGCAAGGAAGCUACCCAGCAGGCACAUAUCAAAACAAAUGCUAAACAACAGCAGGCCGACGCAUCCUAUAAGCUCAGCGGGGUUGUGUCUCAUUAUGGUUCAAGUCUGCAUUCUGGUCACUACGUCAACAACAUUCGUGAUCCUUGUGGAGCUGAAUGGCUUAGCUGUGAUGACGACACUGUGAAAUCCGUCACGUGGUCAAAAGCUUCCAACACCAUAGAAAAUUAUGGAUACAUGUUUUUCUAUUUGAAGAGCUGA